CCUGGCCCACGCCCGCCCGCGCUCGGCCCGCCAGCGCCUCCAUCCGGGCUGGCGGCCCCGCGUCGACGCCGUCCGCCACCUCGCUGCUAACUCCCGUGCAGGGCGCCGUCGGCGGGGCCUCGCUCCGUCGGGCCUGCGGAUCUCCCCACCGCCUCCUCCUCUAUCUACCUCAACACCCCAUUCCUGCUUCGCCAGAGGAGGCGGUCCCCACCGCAGGCAGUCCGGCUUGCAGGUCGCCGGCGUUGUCAUCCCCCGCGCUCCCCCUCCCAGCCCUCCCCGGCGCGCAGCCCGGCAGCUCCUCUCUUUUCGCUGCAGUCCCGAGCAGCCGCGGCGCCGCCACGCCUGACCCCCCCACAAGAAGCCGGGGCUUACGACGGCUGAGGGCUCCGUCGGCCCUAACCGAGCUGGGUGCCCGUGGCCGGGGUGACGCCUCCAUUCCUCCCCCCUCAACACCGUCCUCGAUCCUUCGAAGUUGCAUCCUUUCCUCUGCUUAGAGUGCGCCCCCCCUCGCGCACUCGCUUACCCGCCACCUUUCCUAGGCUCCCCUCCUGCCCCCUCCCCGUUCCUCCUCGCCUCAGACUCCCUCCCCCUCACGUCCGCCCUCUGCCUUCGCCUACCCAAGUGGAUUAAUUAUACGCUUUCUGUUUCUCUCCGUGCUGUCCUCUCCCGCUGUGAGCCUACCCGCCUCUCGCUGUCCUCUCUCCCUCUCUCCCUCUCUGUGGUCCCCCCCCUUUCACGUUCACUCUGUCUCUCUCACUAUCUCUGCCCCCCAACUAUCCUUGAUACAACAGCUGACCUCAUUUCCCGAUACCUUUCCCCCCCCCGAAAAUACAGUAUCUGGCCCGCCCCAGCCCUAAGAUACCCUAAAGAAGCAGAAGAGACGCCCCCCUCCCCAUCAAAAAAAGCCAUCUCCCCGUUCUGUCCCGUCGCACAUUCGGCCUCUGCGACUUGGACAGAGCGGCGCUGGCAGAGGAGUGCCCGGCAGAAGGGCCUUCGCCCGCUGUUCGGUUUGCAUACCCGCAGCAGGGAGAUGGGCGGCAGCGUCGCCGGCUUCCAGGUACCAAUGGGGAUCCCAGUGGGGAAGUCGAUGUUGGUGCUUCUCAUCUCUUUGGCCUUCGCCUUGUGCUGCAUCGCUGCUUACCGCCCCAGCGAGACUCUGUGCGGAGGGGAGCUUGUUGACACGCUUCAGUUUGUCUGUUCGGACCGCGGCUUCUACUUCAGCAGGCCUUCAAGCCGUGCCAACCGUCGCAGCCGUGGCAUCGUGGAAGAGUGCUGCUUCCGCAGCUGCGACUUGGCCCUCCUGGAGACAUACUGUGCCACCCCCGCCAAGUCCGAGAGGGACGUGUCUACCUCUCAGGCCGUACUUCCGGACGACUUCCCCAGAUACCCCGUGGGCAAGUUCUUCAAAUUCGACACCUGGAGACAGUCCGCGGGACGCCUGCGCAGAGGCCUGCCUGCCCUCCUGCGUGCCCGCCGGGGUCGCAUGCUUGCCAAAGAGCUCGAAGCGUUCAGAGAGGCCAAGCGCCACCGUCCCCUGAUCGUGUUACCACCCAAAGACCCCGCCCACGGGGGAGCCUCUUCGGAGAUGUCCAGCAACCAUCAGUGAACCAAAUUAUGUGGUAAUUCUGCAAUGUAGUACCAUCAGUCUGUGACCUCCUCUUGAGCAGGGACAGCUCCAUCAUGUCCCACACUAAGGUCUCUCUGCUCCACUUCCCUUCCCAGGUUUCUCCCCACCCACCCCCAUGCCCCGCCUCCCCACAUCAGGCUGCUCCCCUUGCCCCACACCAUCGGGCAAGGGGAUCCCAGCAACUCUUCAAAACCAAAUUUGAUUGGCUCUAAACAACCCAAUUGGCACCCUCCAAAUUAUAUAUGAACAUUAAAAAAAAACUUUAAAGCAUAUAGUCCCUUUACAACAAAUUGGCUUAAGAAACUCCAUAACUGAUAAUCUAAAAAUUAAAUAACCAAAGAAAUUAAUUGGCUAAAAACAUACUAAAAAUUAAUUGGCUUAAAAACAAUUGGCAAAAAUCAAAUAAUUUGGCCCGCCCCCCCCCCUUCAUCUUCUUUCCAUUUAGAUCUUUAGUCAAAUUGGCUCAGACUUGGAUCUCAGAACCCAAGAAGAAAGGAAGGGGACCCAAAAUUUUGCAGGUAGCAUGUCAUUGCUUCAGUGCUCUCUCCUUGUCACUAGUCACUUUUAGCAUAAUCUGGCUGUGAACAACAAUAGCCGCCCAAACUCUUUCUUCACUGGUCAUUCCAUCACAAAUGUCACCCAUGUCACCAAGGGGCUGGGUAAAGGAACCCAAGGAGAGGAACAGAACAUGAAAACUGAAAAUAGAACCUAAUUGGCACAAGCCCCCAGUCCCAAAAAUCUCACUUUUCAUACCUACUCUAAAAAGCACAUGAUUAUACCCACACGUACAUGCACACACACAUGCACACAGGCAUGCAUACACACACACACACACACACACACACUAUUAGAUGAGAACAUUGAAAUGGCUGAGCAACUUCGAUUGGAACCACAUUGCCCAAUCCAAGGCCCAUCUUAAAUUCCCUGAGCAGUUUGCAUGGUUUGAGCUCCUCUCUGAAUCCAUCUAGUUUCUGCUGCCAGUGUAGAGUCAGUUUGGCCAGAUAAGGAGAUGGCACUGCCAAGUGAUACAUGCUACCCGAGUAGCCUGACCCCUAGGUGUGCUCCUGGGAGGAAAGAUCUGGGGGACAACCCCUACCCCAAGCACACCUAUGGGCCAUCUCUGUCAAUCUCCUGGGGAGCCCCCACUUUUUAGGGGCUCCCCAGGAGACUCACACUGAUGUGGGGAGUGUGGGAAGUCUGGCGGUUGGAGGGGUGGGUGGGGGGCAGUGGGGGCUGGGUGGGGGGAAACUAUGGGUAGGAAGUGGUCCCAGAGAGGUCUUAGGUGGAACAGUCAGGAGGAGGCACAGGUCAACUUGCAGAAUUACUGAAGAAUCAGGACCCCAAAUUUUAUGUCAAUUGAUCUAUUCCCCUCUUUUUAUGUCUGGGGCAGGUUUUUUCCUUUUUUUUUUUUAAUCCCUCCUUAGCUUUUAAUGCGCUCAUAAUCCCAUUCCCUAUGUAACGGGGGCAGCGAUCAAGUAAUGAAUGCAUCAAGCCAUCAAUACCAGCGAGAGCCAGUAACACCGGCUAGAGCCAUCAACACCGGCUUCCACCAUGUCCUGCUCCCAACCAUUUAUCAACCUUUUUUUUUUUUAUCUGUCUCUAUCGCUUGGCCUGAGUUGGGAGUGGAGUCUCUGUGGGGUGCUGGCCACGCACCCGCAGAGAAAUAAAAGGAAUUGAGAAGGCCGCUACCUGGCCUGACUUCUGGGGACAGUGGCUGGUCCCCAGAAGUUCUGAGGAGUGGAGGGGGCGUGGGGCAGUGUCCCCUCAGGUGUUAGGAAGGUGCUCGGAGGCCACAAAGAUGGGGACCCCAGCUGGCCCUGCCAGUUGGGGGGGAAGGGGAUGUAGAUGUAAGACUAGAGAGGUUCCAUCAGGCGGGAGCAAGUGGCUGCCUUCUGAGCACUUGGGGGAGGUCCUCCCCGUGCCCCUCAGUGUCAUCUUGCCCACUCCUCAGCACCCCAUCUUACCCUCAGGAGGUCUGGAGCUCUACAGACCUCCUGGGGGCAAGGUGGGGUGAGGCCUGGAGCUGGGGAAGCGAGGAGGCUUUAAAGCCUUCAGAGCCAGGAGAACUGUGUACAUGGGGUUGUCUGGGCCCUGGGGCCCGAGGGUCUGGUGAGCCGUAGCAGCCACUCCACGGUGCCUAGGACUGCGGCGGGGAACAGGGCGGCUGGAGGUUUACCUCACCCCCACUUCUGCUUCCAGUGCAGUCCCCCUGCCCAACAGUCCUACUAGUAAUCUAGAGGCCUGAGGCUUCUGGGCCCAGGUGACAGGACUGGCACCACCCUGGGGGCGGUGUGUGUCAGCCAGCCAUGGCACAGAGGGUUCUCAGCAAGUGCCUAAAGAAUGGGCCAUUUGGAACAUUGGACAGAAACUCAAAGAGUAAAUUGUUAUAAUUGGAGAAUAUGAAUUGGCCUGGUACCCAAAAUAUCUCGAGGCACCCUAAAUUACCUGCCCAUUUGACUGGACAUCCACCCAGUGUUAAUAUGCCUCGUGGGAUGGGUGUUUUCAGGGGCAUUUGCUGACCAUCCUCUGUGUCCCCAGAUUUGCAGUUCUCCCCAUCAUAGGUCACCCUGAUGCAGGCACCUCCCUGGCCUCCCAUGCCUAGUGUGGCCCUCCAUCUUGUUUUGUCUCUUCCCUACUGUCUUCGGUGGGAUCCCCUCUUGGGUCCCCCAAUUUGUCAUCCUGUGAAGACUUCCCACGCGUCGAAUGCCAUAUGUCACCUGUGCCACUGCCCAUGUCAUCCAGCAGUGGCCCCGGGUAUUUGCCCCAACUCAGUCCUUUUAACAUGCAUUUUCUGGCAAAAUCCAAAGCUUGGGUUUUGUUUUUAACCUGUUAACGCUUGCAAACCUAAUAAAGCAUUCAAAAUACUA